GAAAUCUUGGCUCGAAGCCACCGUAAAUGACUUAAUAUAGCUUCUUGACUUGGGUGGUUUUUGCCUUUUUCAUCGCCGAAUAAGUUUGUUUUAGUUCGUGCGAUUGAAAACCACGACGAUUGAUGUUUAGUGUGGGGUGGAUGUUGUGUAUCUUGAAGACAAUUUUGUCGCCUCUGGACCAAGACGAGAAAAUGAUUUAGUCAUGUUUUGGCACGCACGGAAACUUUCGCUGUAUAGUGAGAUAAUGAAAGUCAAUAGAAAUGGAAAAUUUAAAAAGCUAGCUUAAUUUUAUUAUUUAAAGCAACUUUUUUUAUUUCUACUACUUCAUAAUUAAUAUUGAUGUCACUGCGUGCAAGAUUUUUAUGCAGAGUAUAGAGUUUAUGGUGUAGAAUUAAAAAACAACUGACGAAAUUAAUUACAAACUCUAACGAACCAAUACAUUUCUCGAACCAAUACCACCUGACACCACUGAUCUUUAUAUAUGUUACUGGAUUACUGAUUCAAUGCUUCGAGCUCGAAGCCUAUGUUGGUGAAAAACUGAGAUGAAUCGAAUCAUAAGGUAUGGAGAAUAGUCGGAAGUUGAUGGCACAAACUGCUUGAGACUACCCAGAUCCAGAUGAUGAUGUGGGAAAGACUUUACUCCAACCACAGAUCCCUUCCAGUUCCUCCUCAAUGCACCCCAGCAACGACACAGAAGUUUUCUCCACCACCUCCACUCUAAGCACUGACGGGGUGCAGAGACGCUUGUGCGAACCGUGGGUGGAGACCAGGCACUUCUUACUGCAGGCGGCACACUUCUGCUUCGCUGCUGCCUUUGUGGUACCAACAGUUCGUCGACAAGCAGCCCAGUUUCUAGUUCGAGUUCUGCUGACGCUUGGGUUUCUGUCAGCAGGCGUUUGGGCAGCCCUAAAAUCCUGUACUGGACCAGACGUUCUGGCCUGGAACACUACUUUACUGGUGGCAAACUGUGCUCAAGCAGCCUAUGUGGCCUACAGAAAUCUCCCCCCUAGAAUCGCUCCUGAAUUUCAGGAAUUGUAUUUAAAGGUCUUUCAUCCCCUGAAAGUGGGAAAAGACCAGUUCCGGCAGCUGGUUCGAUAUGCUCACGUCGAACCUCUGGAACCUGGUGAACAUUACGCUAUGGAGGGUGUUUCAUACACUGAUCAAAGACUUGCAAUACUUUUGUCUGGAAAGAUGAAAGUGACGUGUGAAGAGAUUCUUCUUCAUUACUUGUUGCCCACUGAAUUUGUCGAUUCACCUGAGUGGGAAUCUUGCGACGUCAAUACAGAUAAGCGCUUCCAGGUGACGCUCACAGCUAUAGAACGUUGCCAGCUGCUGUGUUGGGGCCGCAAAGAGUUGCUGACAAUCUUGGAAAACAACCAGUUCCUCAAUUUUGUGAUGUACAAUUUAAUCGGCAAAGAUAUCACGCACAAACUGUACUCGCUCAACGAUCAACAUCGGAAGGAUACCGCUCCGGAGAAGCUGUCCAUUGCUGACUCUCUCGAUUUCUGGAGGAGUCCCAUGGCCAGGUGUCACUCGGUGGACAUGGUGCACACGAGCAAGAAAGGACAAGUCCGAUCACUCUUCUGGAAGAAGCCCGAGAAAAAGAACAGGAGAAUGAGCUCCCUUCUUGCUGAUCAUUUAGGAGACUCCCGGACAUCGAAUUUCUCCGAUCCUGGUCCUCGUCAAAAAAGAAAAGGAGAAAAACAACAACCGCAACAACAACAACAACGAGAUCCACCUUUUGCAACUCCAGUAUAGUUAAUGAUUGUCCCGUCCAUUUUGAAAGAAUGCUCAUGGUUUGAACAGUGAACAAAUUUUAGGAAACUCUCAGUCCUCAUUAAGGAGAGAAAAAAAAAAUAAACUUGUUAUUUAAAAAACUCUAACAAAUCAAACAUUUAACGAAAUAAAAGUAUGUACAUAAAUAUAUCAGAAAAAUAUCAUCUGAAGCACAUUGAACUCAUCCCGAUAUUUGAAAUAAUUCGACAACGUUUUUCUCGUCAAAUUAGGAGUUCUACCAUAAUUAGUUUUGUAUUAAAAUGAAUGGCGAUGUAGAAUGGUCUGCAUCGCCAUUCUACAAAAUAACAUUUGCUUAGUUAAAAACAAUGCAAUUAAUCUCAUUCUUUUCCUUUUUGGAAAGUACGUGUGUUUAUUUGAUUUUCGUUUUAAAAAAAAAGAUUAUUAAAUUUGUGCAUAUAGAAUACAAAUACAAAAUCUAUGAUAAUAAAAAAUAAAUUUAAAAUGUUUGACGAAUUACAUCAAAUCUAAUUCCAGAAGUUUUUUUGAAGUAUUUCAUUUAUAACAAUUCGAAGACAAAUCAAAGGUGAAUUCUAACAAAACUUAUCGCAGGACUCGGGUUUUGUAUGAUGUUCAAAUAAUAAUGUAAAGUAAUAUUGUUCAAAUUGGCUGCUGGCGUUUUGACUUCAAAGGUUAUUAAUUUUGCCCCAAAUUUUAAACAAAAUUACGAAUCAUUUUUCGCUAAUUAGGCAUAUUAGAAUACUACCGAAAUUACAUGGUUUGUGUCUAAUCACGUGGUUGUGCUUGGCAUGUAUUAGGCUUGUUUUAUUAUCACACUGAAUCAAUUUUCGAUCAGAUUUAAUUGGAUACAUGCAAGCGACGUCACACGUGCGUGUCGAGCCUGAUUGACUGCUGAAUCAUGUAUAAACAAAUACGAUUCUCCCCACGCGUGACGUCGCUCGAUGGUAUGCAAUUGAAAACAGAUCAUUUUUUAAAAUUAAUUAAGUCUCCCAAAUGAGAACACUAUAUUUUAUCUAAAAACAAAACUUUAAAAUCAGUCAUAAAAAAAACGAUUCGAAAAACACUUUUCUAAUGAAAAGAAAUUACAUUCUCAAAAAUUAGUAUUAUCUUUCUUAAUUUUGUUUUAAAGUUUAGCCACUUAUUGUUAAAUUAUGUAUAGGAAAAUACACAAAUCUAUCAAAUUGACUGAAAGCAAAUUGUAUAUAUGCAUAUUCGGAAAAGUAUAGCUCCCAAUUAGACUAAUUAAAGGUUGCAAUUGAACAAUAACGACCAAAAAUAGCAAAUCAGAAGGUUCUUUAAUAACUCAAGUGUUACCAGAGUUCGUUUAGGAUGUUCAACAGCAUCCACCAUACUCUCUAGACCUCACCAGUAUUUCGAUCCUUACAAAAUGACCUGCAUGCAAAAAUCUUCUACGUUAUGGUUGAAAUAAAAACUCAUGUUUGAAAGGGAAAGAAUUUUCUAAAAGGACAUGUUUUUCAAGUUGUUCGAAUGAUAAAGCAACAUAGUGGAAUAGAAUGUCACUAAUACAGUUUCAAUUUUUUUUUAUUAAAUGUACUUCAACUAUAUUUUAAUUAUGUAUAGAAUAUUUCAUUUUUCCUUCCAAAUUCGGCGCGAACUUACCGGGCAACACAAUAUAGCAUGUUACCAAUUUUAAACUUAAUAUUUCCAAUAAGAUAAGAUGUAACAAAGUUUUUAACAAGGAGAAAUUAUUUCAUAUUUUUUUGAGUUUUUAGAAUACAAAUGAGGAAUUUAAUUUAUUCAUCAAUUUAUAGUCAUUUGGGGCUGUAGAAACAGAUCUGCUUUUUUAAUGGAAAGUAAAAAUAAUUUCAAAAAUCACUAUUAAAGGGACAUUACGUAAAAUCUCUGAAAUGCGAACAUGCUACAUCACAAUGAUCUUAUGCUUAGGCUGGAAACAUCGAAAUUUCCCUCGAGUAUUUCUAAACAUAUUUUAUACGCCUCUUCCUGUUAGAAAAGAAAUUGGAUAAAAAGAUAGACUUUUGUAUUACAUAUGAAAAAGCUCAUUUCCUUUGUGAUAUUAAAUUGAAGGUGUACCUCAGAUCAAUACACGGUAGGCUCAAUUCCUUUUGUUUAUUUUAUUGAUGACAUAAAAAUAUUUUGGUCUCCCUAAAUC